GUUUACUGCUGUUGUUGAGUCACUCAGCUACUCGGUCAGAUUGAGUAAAGAACCACUGCCAGCGAGAAGAUGUCCUUUCUAAAAGUUGAUGCAGCUUCUGAUUUCUCCUUCCACAACCUGCCUUAUGGGAUAUUCUCUACACCAGACAAGCUCAAACAUCGAAUUGGUGUUGCCAUUGGAGACCAGAUACUGGACCUCAGUGUGAUAAAGUAUUUGUUUCAAGGACCUAUCCUUUCCAAACAUCAGGAUGUCUUUGACCAGUGCACACUCAAUGCGUUCAUGGCUCUUGGAUAUGAGGCCUGGAGAGAGGCCAGGAGCACGUUGCAGACGUUGCUGUCGGCCUCUUGUAGCACACUGAGAGAUGACAUCAGCCUUCGGAGCAGAGCAUUUGUCCAUCAGAGCACUGCCACCAUGCACCUUCCUGCAGACAUCGGUGACUACACUGACUUCUACUCCUCCAGAGAUCAUGCUACCAACGUCGGCAUUAUGUUCCGGGGAAAGGAGAACGCUCUGAUGCCAAACUGGCUGAGGCUUCCAGUGGGGUACCAUGGCAGAGCGUCAUCCGUGGUUGUUUCUGGGACCCAGAUUCGCCGCCCCUCAGGCCAGAUGAGACCUGACCAGACGAAACCUCCAGUUUUUGGGCCUUCUAAGCAGUUGGACAUUGAGCUGGAGAUGGCCUUCUUUGUUGGAGGAGGGAAUCAGCUUGGAGAGCCCAUUCCCAUCCAGAAAGCCCAUGAACACAUCUUUGGCAUGGUAUUGAUGAAUGACUGGAGUGCCAGGGACAUCCAGGCAUGGGAGUAUGUUCCUCUGGGUCCAUUCUUGGGCAAGAACUUUGGGACAACGAUCUCACCCUGGGUUGUCCCCAUGGAGGCACUGUUACCUUUCGCAGAGUGCAACCCUAUCCAGGAUCCAGAGCCUCUCCCCUACCUUCAACACCAUGACCCUUACACUUUUAACAUUAACCUGUUUGUGUCACUCAAAGGACAGGACAUGGCAGAAUCAACAACCAUCUGCAAGUCAAACUUUAAGUACAUGUACUGGACCAUGAAACAGCAGCUCACCCAUCACACAGUCACUGGCUGCAAUGUCAGAGCAGGAGACCUGCUGGCUUCUGGUACUAUCAGCGGACCUGAUGAAGAGAGUUUUGGCUCCAUGCUGGAGCUGUCAUGGCGGGGAUCUAAGAGUAUCAAUCUGGAUGGAGGAGAGAGCCGAACCUUCCUGAAGGAUGGAGAUGAAGUCAGCAUCACAGGUUACUGUCAAGGAAAUGGAUAUAGGGUGGGCUUUGGACCCUGCACUGGAACCAUCGUACCAGCCUUGCAACAGUGAAACACUCAUACUGUUACUCAUGUGGGUUCUCCUUUUAUAGAGCAUAAUUACUGGAAGACACAAACUUACACAACUACAGCAUCUCACCCAGCUUUGAUCCUCAUGACUUGGGCUGGGAGACUUUCUAUUUGAUUGUGAUUUUUUAUAUGAAUGAUCCAAGUUCAAUUCCCACUGAGACUGAUCUUUGCAUUUCCUCCUUUUCUCAGCAAGUACAUACAUCUGCGCUAAAUGUUGUGCGUUGAAUUUGUGAUACAUGAAUCGCUCUCAGUCAAGACAGGACAGGAUGUAGCAGACCUAGAGGUUUUAAAGAUACUGAAAAAGAAAACACCCUGAACUGAGCUCUUGGUUUGUGUUUUUGAUGAAGAAAUGUUAUCUCUGACUUAGCAGUGUGUGGACUUAAACCAGCCCUGCCGUACUGAACCCUGGCCUAUAGCUACCUGCAGAUAUCAGGCUGAUGUCUUGUGAAAACAAAAUUGAAUAAGACGGAAGUAGUGAACAGACACACAGCAUUCAUUCAUGUGCAGUCCACUAGUAGCAUAUUUCUUUUUAAGAAUAUGCUAAUGAUGACACCUUUGAAAUACCUUAUUUUUUUUAUUAUCAUUCUGCUCAAAACUGUUGCAACUGCAGACCUAGACAAUAUUGAAUAACAUGUUUUAGUUCUUUUGUAUUUGCCAACAAUAUUAUUCCCUUGUUGGAUGUAAAAGUUUUUGUUAGGGGAAAUUCUGAGAAGCGCAACAUCGGCAUUCACAUGUGAUUGAAUCAUUAAGGAUCAAAUUAAAACAAAAUGGGAGAUCAGUGCUGAUAUCUAGCCCUAUUGACAUCAACCAAUUCUUCACACACACACAUACACACAUGCUGAGCUCUCAGAUUCAUUGUAUGCUCUGUAGCGUUGUAUUGCCAUUGUUGUUAAGUGAUUCUCCCACAUAACAUCACAGUGUCACUGCGGAAGCAGGAUCAGUAUAAUUGAUGUUUUAUGUGUGUUGGCUCUUGAUUUAUAAUAAAAUAAUAAUUUUUUU